GGACCGCCCGCAGCGCGGCGAGGGAUGCGGCCUCCGAGGGGCAGAGGCUGAACCGCCCCUGCCGGCAGCGCAUCGCUCCCGCCCUGGCCGCGGUGCCGGCCGCCGCCUGACUCACGGUGGGCGCGGCAGGAGGGAGGACACCGACUCCGCCGCAGGAAAGUGAAUAAACUUAAUUAAGAAUGUCUGAAAACCUUGACAAGUCCAAUGUAAACGAAGCAGGAAAAUCAAAAUCAAAUGAUUCUGAGCAAAGACCUGAAGAUGCUGUGGAAGGUUCUGAGGAAGCUUUACAGAAAAAAAUAAAGGCGGGCUCUCCCAGCCCCCAAAGAGUACAAAGACCUCACUCUAGUCCUCCUCAAUUUGUGACAGUAGAAGAACUUCAGGAGACAGCAAAAGGAGUCACUAACAUGGCUCUAGCUCAUGAAAUUGUAGUAAAUGGAGACUUUCAGAUUAAACCAGUUGAAUUACCAGAAGGCAGUUUGCAGAAGAGAGUAAAGGAGAUUGUACAUAAAGCUUUCUGGGAUUGCUUGAGUGUUCAGCUAAGUGAAGACCCCCCAACAUAUGACCAUGCUAUUAAACUUUUAGGAGAAAUCAAAGAGACUCUCUUAUCUUUCUUGCUGCCUGGUCACACUAGACUGAGAAACCAGAUAAUAGAAGUCUUGGAUCUGGAUCUGAUAAAGCAGGAAGCAGAGAAUGGUGCCCUAGACAUUUCCACGCUGGCAGAAUUCAUUACUGGCAUGAUGGGGACACUGUGUGCACCUGCUCGAGAUGAGGAAGUUAAGAAACUAAAGGACAUUAAGGAAAUAGUACCCCUUUUCAGAGCAAUUUUUUCUGUGUUGGACCUAAUGAAAGUGGACAUGGCGAACUUUGCAGUCAGUAGCAUUAGGCCACAUCUCAUGCAGCAGUCAGUUGAAUAUGAAAGGAAGAAGUUCCAAGAGCUUCUGGAGAAGCAGCCAAAUUCCCUGGACUUUGUUACCCAGUGGCUAGAAGAAGCCUCAUAUGACCUUAUAAAUCAGAAGCGUAAACAUGCCCUGCCAGCUGGGGAAGGAGCUGCUGGCUCUGGGGAUGCUCCCAGGCCAAAUCCUGUGGCUGUCCAGAAUUAUGCGUACCUGAAGCUUCUGAAGUGGGACCACGGCCAGAGGCCUUUCCCAGAAACAGUUUUGAUGGACCAGUCCCGCUUCCAAGAGCUCCAGCUGCAGCUGGAGCAACUCACCAUCCUAGGGGCUGUGUUAUUGAUCACAUUCAGCAUGGCAGCACCCGGAAUUUCUACCCAGGCUGACUUUGCUGAGAAACUCAAGAUGAUUGUGAAGAUUUUGCUGACAGAUAUGCAUCUACCCUCCUUCCACCUAAGGGAUGCCCUGACUACCAUUGGGGAGAAAGUCUGCCUGGAGGUGAGCAGCUGCCUUUCCCUGUGUGGGUCCUCUCCCUUCUCCACAGACAAGGAGACCGCGCUCAAGGGCCAGAUCCAGGCCGUUGCCAGUCCCGAUGACCCCAUCCGCAGGAUCAUGGAAUCUCGAAUCCUGACCUUCUUAGAAACCUACCUUGCCUCGGGUCAUCAGAAGCCAUUGCCUGCAGUACCUGGGGGAUUGGGUCCAGUUCACAGAGAACUGGAAGAAGUUGCUAUUAAAUUUGUUCGCCUGGUCAACUAUAACAAGAUGGUCUUCUGUCCCUAUUAUGAUGCAAUCCUCCGUAAGAUCUUCAUCUGAUCCUAACUUGUAUGCACCCUACAGCAGCAGUAUUAUUUACUUGCCUCAGAAUAUCUGUUCUGAACUAUAAUGUUGCUUUGGAAAAUGGCUAUGUAGUACAUUUCUAUUUAAUAGCACUGACUCCAAAGGGAAUACUAUGUGUAUUACUGUUGAAAAGAGUUGUUGAAAAAU